AUGUCCCUCCAAACCCCACGCGUCCUCCCCUCUCACCUCCACGCCUUCCACCCCUCGAGCAGCGGUGGCGGCCCGCGGCCAUCGACCCAGACAGUGCGGUUACUCGGGACCGUGACGGCCCUCCGCGGCGAGACGGCGACAAUCACAUGCGGAAACCACGGCGACGUGACGCUGUUGCUGAAGCCGGAUUCGCAUCUGCAGAUGGGGAAGCUGGUUGAGGUGGUGGGGAAGGUGACUGAGCUGGACGGCGGACAGGUGAGUUGGAGAAUUUUCGAACAUGUCCAACAUAGGAAGCAGGGGAGAAAAAAGAGUCUGACAUGGACAUAUUUCUUACAGGGUCUCGGCCUGCGUGUCCUGGGAUCGAUCGAUUGGGGUAACCCUGCUAAUUGUGAUUACAAAAUCUACGAAUACGUCGUCGACGCGACUCACCGACACAAAGAGAUCUUUUACGACGCUGGUUAUUAA